AUGGCGCCAGCGAAAAAGAGCAAAAUCGUCGUGCUACGGGUUCCGGGCGACUUUCUGAGGACGGUGCCGGCCACGCCGACACACUCAAGAGUGAAAAAUGCCCUAGCAGGAAACCUGGCGUCGUCGCCGACGCCGGGAGGGACGCCAGAACCGAAAGCGUCGAAGAGCAAAGGUGGUCCUGGCAAGAGAAAAGGUCCAAAAGGAAGCGCUGCUGGGGCUGAUGGCAGUGGCAGUAGUCGGGCAUUACAGGCUCCUUCCUCGCCAUACGGUGGUGACGACCAUGUAGGAACUCCCAAACCUUCGGGAUCUGGUGGUCCCGGUCCUAAGACCGCAAUGGCUGCGACUGUAGCUGGUGUGAAAGCUCUUGAUAGGUCGGGAAAACCAUGUCGGCGGUGGACAAAAAAAGAAGUACAGAUUUCAUCUUUUACAGGUGUGAGGUACGCUCUUGGAGUAUGGACUGGUGAGCCCGACAAAGAUAUGUCUGAUAAAGACAAGACAGGCGAUGCUAAGAGUAAUAAGGCAUCGAAUAAAUCAUCAUCCAAUAAAGAUAAUAGUGAAACUACUGGGAAAUCAAAAGACACAACUGACAAAGGCGAUGCAAGAGAUACCGGCAAACAUGCUGGCAAGGAAAAUAAUGAUCCGAACAAACCAACCAGUGACGUGAAUACUGAUGACAAGACACGGGCUGAUGAUGCUAGUGGGUCGAAUACUGAACCACCAACAUCUGAAAAGACAGAUACCACAGCUGUUAAACUUGAACAGGUGGCGACCUGA